AGAGUUAUUUUGUAACAAAAUCAGAAUUUUAAGUCUUCAAAAAGAAGACAGAAGAAGAGAGACAGACAGUGUUAGAGGAAGUGUGUCAGAGGAAGUCAUCAUGUCUCUAGAAGUGAAGGAGAAGACAGAGGUGCGUCUGGUGUUCCUGGGGGCGGCCGGCGUGGGGAAGACGGCCCUGAUCAGCCGCUUCCUCCAGGACACAUUCGAACCCAAGCACCGGCGCACCGUGGAGGAACUGCACAGCAAGGAGUUCGACAUCGGAGGGGCCAAGGUCACCAUCCACAUCAUGGACACCAGCGGCAGCUACUCCUUCCCAGCCAUGAGGAAGCUCUGCAUUCAGAACAGCGACGCGUUCGCCCUUGUGUACGCCAUCAAUGACCCAGACUCCCUGGAGGCUGUCAAGAGCCUGCGAGAUGAGAUCCUGGCGGUCAAAGAAGACAAGUUCACACCCAUCGUGGUGGUUGGCAACAAGACGGACCGGCAUGGCGAGAGGACGGUGUCCAGCGAAGACGUGCUGUCCACUGUGGAGCUGGACUGGAACAACAGCUUCUUGGAGACAUCUGCCAAGGAGAACAACAACGUACUGGAGGUGUUCAGGGAGCUGUUGCAACAAGCCAACCUGCCCAGCCGGCUGAGCCCCGCACUGAGACGACGCAGGGAGACCUUCCCCAAAGACGGCAACAAACGGCCCCCCAUGAACAAGACCAACAGCUGCCUCAUUUCCUAAGGCAGAGGGGCUGGAGGGGUCUGACAGACAGACAAAGUCAGACAGGGGUCAGAGAGGCUGAGGAUGGGGACCCGAAGCUGGGUCAGUGUUACAGACAAACACAGUGGUGUUGAAUGUGCUACUACUACUGCUGCUAUAGACCGUGCUGCUGAGUUGGAGUCUGACGGCUUCAAUUCCCUGUAAGCCUCCUCAUCUAACCAUCCUAAGUAUCUCCACCACAGCAUUUCCACUGAAGUAGAGGAAAGGAACACUGACUGUUAAAGGGGAAGCGGAACUAAUGACAUCACACAGGUGCGGGACAUUGAUAAAGCUGAAACUAAAUGAAAGAAGUGCAAGAACACUGAAUGUCCUGAAUGUGGUGGUGUCAUUGUUAAAAAUAUACUGUGACAGUGCAAAAGUGGCAAUGAGCUUACUUUGUCAAGUUCUCAAUCUAUGUCCUACUAUGUUACUGUUGUGUUUGCCUUUUGUAAGUGUCGACGGUGUUCACUUGCAAUAACUGUGAAGAUAGACAGCUGUGACUAAUUGGGCAAAAGCUGCAUUUGGACAUUGUGUCAUGAGAGUUUUUUUAUUCAUCAAGUGAAGUUUCUUUGUGACAAAUCUUUAUUUUGCUUGUCAUGGCAACAAAGCAUAGUAUGUUCUGAGUCAACUCUGGUUGCGUCCCUCAUUCUAUAAUACCAAUUUGUUGUUUGGCAAUAUUCAUAUGCACUUGGAGUUAUUUUGCACAGAUAUCAUUAUUUAUUAAAAAACGUACAAAAUGUGUUAAAAUAUAAAUUAUAUAGAGUGUAUUGUUUUUCUAUGAAUAUUUGAAGUACAUGUUGAUGAUUAAAUCAUGUUUAUUCACCAAAACAGUAUAACAAGUACGUUAUGGCUUUAUUACUUGUUGUG